AUGAACGACUACACCAGGUAUGCCCUUAACUCUAUCCCCUUUCUGAACCCUGACCGGUUUAGUGAGGUUGACCUUUCCGGCGGUGUUGACCCCAUUCUUCCCACGCCCUUCCGUAUUGGGUCGGCGGCGGCGGCAAGCCUGGCGGCGGUGGGGCUGGCCGUUUCCGACCUUUGGGAGUUGCGCACCGGAAACCGACAAGAGAUAAAGGUUGACGCACGGAGGGCCACGGCCUCCCUGCGCAGCAGCCGGUACAUGACCCUGGACGGAGCGCCGACGGCCGGCGAGCGCAACGCGGUUAUGGGCGUGUACCCGGCCAAGAACGGGCGGUGGAGCUACCUGCACUGCAACUUCCCCAACCACCGGGAGGCUGCCCUUAGCGUCCUGGGUGUGGAGGAGGAAAAGGAAGCGGUGCGCCGGGCCGUGUCCAACUGGGACGCACUGGAACUGGAAGAGGCCAUCAUCGCCGCCCGGGGCGCCGGAGGAAUGGUCCGCACCAUGCAGGAAUGGGCUCAGCAUCCCCAGUCGGCUGCCGUGGCGUCACUGCCCCUGCUGGAGAUAGACAAAAUCGGAGACGGCCCCCCACAGCCCUUGCCCGAGGGAUCACGACCCCUUUCCGGCAUACGGGUGCUGGACCUGACCCGGGUACUGGCAGGCCCGACCUGCGCCCGUACCCUGGCGGAACACGGCGCCGACGUGAUGAAGAUUGCCGGGCCUCACCUGCCCUUCAACGAGGGUCAGGAGUACGACACGGGCCACGGCAAGCUGUCCACCCACCUGGACUUGCGGGAAGGGCAGGAUAUGGAAACGCUGCGGGGGCUGAUCCAGGAAGCCGAUAUAUUCUCGCAGGGCUACCGGCCCAACACCCUGGCCUCUCGGGGACUUUCUCCGGAAGACCUGGCAAAGAUACGCCCCGGAAUCAUCUACGUGUCUUUGUGCGCCUUCGGCCGGGUGGGACCGUGGGCCGAGCGGCGCGGGUUCGAUACGGUGAUCCAGACGGUCAGUGGCAUUACCCACCGGCAGGGGGAGUUGUUCCCCGGCGCCGAGCCGGGGCCGCAAUUCUACCCGGUGUCGGCCAUUGACUAUCUGACCGGCUACCUGAUGGCCUACGGCGCGCUGACGGCCCUGACCCGGCGGGCAACUGAGGGCGGAAGCUGGCUGGUGCGGCUGUCGCUGGCCCAGACCGGCCGCUGGCUGGUGGGACAGGGACAGGUUGCGGAAUCGGACCUGGCGGGCAUACCGUCAGACUUUUCCGCUGACGAAGUUGAGGGCUGGACAACCGUAAGCGAGGCUCCUGGCGGCAGGUUGAAGCACCUGUCGCCGGUGGUGGAACUUUCCGAGACGCAGCCCCACUGGGCACGGCCAACGGUGCCCCUGGGCUACCAUGACCCGGUGUGGCCCGCCCGUUCUACAUAA